AUGUUUGGAGUCUAUAGUAGGGGUUUUGCUUCCAAUAAAAACAGAUCUAGUUGUCAAAAUCGCAUUCAAGAGGGACGGUGUAAAUUGACUUUUUUAGGAUACUUAGUUAUAACAACAUUUUCAUUGCAAGAGGCUACUUUAGAUCCAAUGUUGGGUGUUGAAACUGAACAACCAUCUUCAUGGAACCCAACAUCAAUGGAAUUACUCUUAAAUAUCAAACUGACAUUGUCAUAA